CAAACAACGUUUACGCUUCCUAACUGUGUCUGGGUUUGUUUUAUAAACAAAACGCAAUGCCUCUGAUUAAAAUAAUAAUAAAAAAGAAUGCCAUACGCACGAAUUUGUCUUUGCACAAAUGUUUUGUGCGUUACGAAGAUGACUUUGGCUCCUUUUGGAUGGUUGACGACAGUGAGUUUGUUAAAAGGCGCCACUUGUCGAGAGGCCGUCCGCGCAAAUAUGAGCCGUCUUCAUCGCCCAAUUCAAACUCGCAACAGUUUGGUAACACCAUUACUUCGACAGCUUCUAGCGAUGCUGUUGAUGGCAGUUGUGUUCUUAACGACACUAUUGCCAAUAGCCCAGAUUCAUCAACUGCUGUCACCUCGUCCCGUCAACGUUGUGCCAGCAGUGGCAGUAACAUAUUUAAUAGAUCUGGUAAUAAAAUCAAUGGUAGUGAAAAUGAUGGCGGUAACGACGACUACGAUAUCUGCGAAGUUAGCCAAAGAAGUCCAGCCGGGUGUCAGACUCACCUUCAUAGUGAUAGUAAAGAGUACUGUAGCUCCAAGCAACGCCCCCAGCUUCACGGGUCUAUUAUAGGUAUUGCAAUCAAAACGAAUUUCAAUUCGUUAAUUGAACACAAUCGCAUGUCGACCAGAACGAAUGUUGGAGGCGGUGUUAUGGCUACAGGAAAUAGUCCUGGCGUCGGCGGCAUUGGUGAUAUUGGCUCCGUUGGAAGCUUAGACGUUGAUAACCACCAUAACGGCACUUUAAAUAUUGCCAACACAAGUGUCGAAACAGAUGACACGAAUGGCUACGAUUUUCACACACAAAGCAUAUCAAAUGAUGCCAUAUUAAAUUCUCCAACUGGUGGUAAAAACAACGGCAGAUACUCACCGAACAUGCAGCGAUCAACCACUGCCCGAGCUCGAAAGGGUAUCAGUAACUAUGCCAAAUAUAUAUUUUUGCGACUGCGUGCCGUUAAAAAGAUUUUAAGAGAUCUCAAUAUAAAUAAGUCUCCUGAACCAGAUGGCAUAACGGCACUGGUCUUGAAGCAGUGCACUUCGGCGCUGGCUCGUCCAUUAGCGAAUCUUUUCAGCAUUCAUACCAUGCCGGCAAAUUUCCUUCAUGCUGAAGAUUACUAA